UGGGACAGAAGACACAGGACCGAGGCCAGCGCGGCCGGGCCCCAGCGGCGUGAGGCGGCAGACCUCAGGGAAGACCCAGGGGCCAGUGAAUUUCCGGUCACCUGUGGGUUGGUGGUCGACACCAGCAUCCUUCCCAGCCCCCUCCACGAAGGACUCAUCCAGGAGUUUGCAGUGAGCACCACAAUGUCCAACCCCUUCCUGAAGCAGGUCUUCAACAAGGACAAGACCUUCCGCCCCAAGCGCAAGUUUGAGCCGGGCACCCAGCGGUUCGAGCUACACAAGAAGGCACAGGCAUCAUUGAAUGCGGGGCUGGACCUGAAGGUGGCUGUGCAGCUGCCGGCUGGUGAGGAGCUCAAUGACUGGGUGGCCGUGCAUGUGGUAGACUUCUUCAAUCGUGUCAACCUCAUCUAUGGCACCAUCAGUGAUGGCUGCACCGAGCAGUCCUGCCCCAUCAUGUCGGGAGGCCCCAAGUAUGAGUACCGCUGGCAGGACGAGCACAAGUUCCGCAAGCCCACAGCACUGUCGGCCCCACAAUACAUGGACCUGCUCAUGGACUGGAUUGAGGUGCAGAUCAACAACGAGGACAUCUUCCCCACCAACGUUGGCACGCCGUUCCCCAAGAACUUCUUGCAGGUGGUGAAGAAGAUACUGUCCCGGCUGUUCCGUGUGUUUGUGCACGUCUACAUCCACCACUUUGACCGCAUCGCACAGAUGGGCUCUGAGGCGCACGUCAACACCUGCUACAAGCACUUCUACUACUUUGUCAAGGAGUUCGGCCUCAUAGACACCAAGGAGCUGGAGCCGCUGAAAGAAAUGACUGCACGGAUGUGCCACUGAGAACCCCUCUGCUUUGCUGCCACCGAAGCAGUGCCAGGGGACACUCCAACUUGAGGGCCACCUUCCCCGAACACGGACUGUGUUUUCUGCCCUGGCAGCUCGGUGACCUCCACAGUUGUCAGAUGGUGACCUCUGUGCCCCCAAUGCCGCACUGGACACUGGGGUUGAGUCCUCUUUCUGAUUCUGAGGUGGCAGCAGCUGUGGGUCCGUGCACAGCAGGGCCCAGCUUCCCAGAGCCCCAUAGGGGAAGAUUGAACUUGAACUCUGUGAUUCUGUGUGCUGUGAGCAACUGAGAAAAUCCACUUUAUCUAUAAAGCACUUGGAUCUGCCUGGAGGCUGAAGCCCUGCCUGUCUUUCACAGGCCUGUCCCCUAAUGCCCCAGAGCGCUCAGCCUGGGAGAGGACAGACUGCGCAGGCUCUGGGUCAGCAAGACAGGAACCCACCUCUGCUGGGCCUUUAAGCCUCAGCUCCCUCACAGCAUACCUCCUGCAGCCCCAUGUCUGUGUCAUGAGAGGUACGACGUGGCCCUGGCUCCCUACCCUUCCCUCCUACAUUCCUCAGUCCCCUUCUGUUCCUUCAGUUCCUCCAAAACAUUUGGUUCAUUUCUCAGGGUUUCUUGGACCCCACAUCUGUACCCCCGGUUUCCUGGGGCCUUUUCACAUAUCAUAAAAGAUUGUGUUUUUAUAUAGACUCGCUGACAACCACCUUGAGAUGUUAAGGGAUAACAGCUUUUUAUCUAUAAAUAGUGAAUACCCUUGCCCUCUAGAAAAAUAUCCCUCCAUUAUGAAUAACCCAGGAUGACCCUUCCACAGAACUUCUCCCAGGUUUGGGGUCUUUGAACUUGGCUUUUCUUCAGGUGCCUGCCCACUUUAUAUGAAACACUUGGUGUGGCCUUUGGUGACUAGGGGACUAGAGUUCCAGCACUGUCUCCCCACAGAACACUGGGGCAUAUGGCCAGGCACCUGUGUGGGGCCGCCAAGAAAUGACCUCAGGAAGCCACAUGCUGCCCCCAGCUCCAGGCUCCCUGCCGCUCAGCCCUGCCUUCAGGGCACAACAGUGGCCUUUCCCGUGGCAGCCCUUCCCACCCAGCCACACCCACCUCUGAGGACCUCUCAGUAUCUGGGAUGCCCACAGAAGAGAGGGGCACCAUCUCCCAACACCAAACAAGUGCAAUUAAUACAACCUCAGCCUGGUCCUCUGGGCACCACUGGGUCCAGCUCUUGGAUCCCUGGGGACAUGGGCCCCAUAGGACUGCAGAAAACCAUGCAGUCGAAUGUAGCUCCUUUUAAAUGCAAAACCACGACCAAACUCCAGAACCACUGUGUUCCCUCCCAGGUCACCACCAGCUCUUCCCUUCAGCCAGGCCAGGUUGGGGAAGGUGGCGGGGACUGUGGGGCAGGAAGGGUGCCCUCCCCACCCUCUUGUGCCUGUGGGUAUUUCCACACAAACAUCAGAAUAAAUUGUGCCAUUUUCGUA